AUGGUUGAGGUGCGCUUUUCGACGGCGCAUGACUAUGAGGUUGUGUCGGAGGAGGGAGAGUACCAGAAGAUCAUCCCGCAGUGGACUCAGCGCUUGCAUCGGGGAUGGGCGAGGCUCAUUCUGGAUAUGGCGGCGUGGGAGGUGCGGCGAGGCGUUGAGACUUGA